AUGACUGACAAGGGUGCCACUCUCGACAUGUCUUUGUUCUUCGGAGCCCCUGAAGAGAAGAAGUACUUUUGUACUGAGCUACUCCGCCUACUGAAGUUGAGGGGAGGCGUCAAGAUCCAAAACCACAGCAUUCCGGAUGAGGAUAUUCACAAGCUUUUCGAUAUGAGCCGCAAAUUCUUUGCCCUGCCUCUUGAGGCCAAGAUGGAAGCCAAGCACCCUCCCCAGGCCAAUCCCAACCGUGGUUACAGCUUCGUCGGCCAGGAGAAUGUCGCCAACAUCAGUGGUUAUGAGAAGGGUCUCGGUCCUGGAAAGACCCGUGACAUCAAGGAAACACUGGACAUGGGCAGCGCUCAAGACGACCUCGUUGACAACCUCUGGAUUCCUGAAGAGAGCCUCCCAGGUUUCCGCGGCUUCAUGGAGUCUUUCUACGAGAAGGCCUUCAAGACAGAAAUGCAGCUACUUUCUGCGCUCGCAAUUGCGCUUGACAUCUCCGAGGACCACUUCAAGGCGCUUCACAACCGCGCCGAGAACGAAUUCCGUCUGCUCCACUACCCGGCCAUCCCGGCUUCAGAACUCGCGGACGGCACCGCAACCCGCAUCGCUGAGCACACAGAUUUUGGCACCAUCACAAUGCUCUUCCAAGACUCUGUGGGCGGACUCCAGGUCGAGGACCAGACACAGCCUGGUGUGUUUCGCAGCGUCGAGUCGGUUAAGCCCACAGACAUCAUUCUCAACAUUGGUGACUCUCUUCAACGUUUGACCAACGACACUUUCCGAGCAGCGUGCCACAGAGUCACUUACCCGCCUGUCAUCAAGGCCGGAGAUAACGUCGAGAUCCCGGAGCGCUACUCAGUUGCCUACUUUGUCAAGCCUAACCGCCAUGCUUCUCUGCUUCCGUUGAAGGAGUUCAUCACUGAUGCGACGCCUUGCCGAUAUGACGAUGUCACAGCUUGGGAGUGGAACAAUAGCAGAAUCACGAAGCUUUUUGGCUGAGAUGGAAUGUUGUGGGCAUGCUUCGGGUUUCGUAUCUUGAUUUGGG